UCCUUCAAGCUCAACAAGCAAGACAGUCAUUCGCUAACCAACUGCCAUGGUGAAAGCAUACAUUUUCAUAUUGGGCAUUCUUGUCCCCCUUUCUUGGGCCAGCUUUUGCCCAGAGCUAGAAGGAAAGCUUGAUUUCAAGCCAGAAAAGUUUGUUGGUCAAUGGUAUUACGCUGCAUACAACACUAAUCCAAACCGACCGUGGCAAAUUAAAUGUGCAGAAUUCAAUGUGACCUCUAGGCAAGUGGAAAACACCGGUCGACACAAAUUGAACUACCUGUUCAGCUACAUUUCCAACGAGCGCAAAAUCUACGUCACCAUGCACACCGAGAGCGUUGACCCCGAACUACCCGGAAGCUUCUACAGCGUGGGAAAAAGGGUGCAAUCUGACUUCUGGUCAGACGUGCACAGGGCAGCUAUAGUGGCAACUGAUUACGAAAACUAUGCCGUCGCUAUCUUGUGCUCGCCGGUCUUCAGAGUGGACACUAAAGAUUUUGAGGCCUCUGUGUGGGGUUACAUCUGGACAAGGUCAAGAGUGCUGGAUGACGAAACGUUCAGCGUCCUAAAAAAUGUUCUCAUAGACCACGGAGUGCCCAAGUCGACCAUUCAAGACUCUCGUAACGAGGAAAAUUGUUGAUAUUUUUAUUUAUUAUAUUAAUUAUGCUGCAAUUUCUUUUGCUAACGAAAAUUGGGUAAAUUUUUAACUAUUGAAACAAUAAAAAUUGAAAUUAAACUGUCGAAAACGUUUUCUUUUG